GCAGCAAAGCCUGGAGGAUCCUUGCAUCUGCGGCAAGCAGUGGAUGCAUGGGCUUUGGGCAUUAUUCUGUACCUGCUCAUUUACUUAAGGCAAAGUUUUGGAUGUAGAGUCCGUCGACAUUGAUGUUGUUGUACCAUAAUGUUUUUAAGAGUACUUAAUGUGCAUCGACAUUGAUGUUGUUGUACCAUAAUGUUUUUAAGAGUACUUAAUGUGCAUCGACAUUGACGUUGUUGUACCAUAGUGCUUUUAAAGUAAAGUAUAGCAACCGUAAAUUUUCACCUCUAUCGAUCCCUAGGCUUAUCCCUUCAAACAAAAUACUUAAUGUGCAGGCGGAUGAAGUAUGGGAGACGCUAGCUAAGCCUCAUCUUGAAGUAGAUCAACACCAAGACCUUUCUGUAUGAGACCUUUCUGUUCUUGAAGUAGAUCAGCACCAAGACCUUUCUGUAUGAGACCUUUCUGUUCUUGAAGUAGAUCAACACCAAGACCUUUCUGCUUCAGUCCAGUAGUCUGUGGAAUACUUAUUCCUUAGAAUGACCAAAAAAUACUUAUAAGUCUAUCGCCUCUAACGUGCGGCCGCGGACCCUACGAUCACCUAUCGGGUGGUGGUGCGCGCAUGAUGAUCGGCAUUGCGGAUCCUCGCAUGCGGAUCCAGUAUCCCGACUGGAGUUCCCAUCACCGGUACGCCAAUAAGGAUCCUGAAGAGAAAAAACGAUUUUACCACGUUAUCGCGAUUCUUCAGUUAAGGUCCUAUCUUUUAAGAGAGAUGAGAAGAUGAGAAGAUAAUAAUAUAUUCUAAAUAUAACUUAUCGUCGUCAUCGUGUGGGGUAGCAGUACCAUCAUGUCAAAUCUACUUAUUCCGUCUAAUUCCUCGUCUAUUGGAGCGAGACCCAAAGAAACGUGCCAGCUUGGAUUUCGUGCUCCAAGAGCUUGAUAAAGUACUUUAUGAUGGCCAAUCCGGGAGCAGACUUUUGAUUACGGGUUCCCGAACUACAUCCUUCAGUAACCUCCUUGACCUAAUUGUAGCAAAAAAGGUCAACAAGGGUGAUGUUCUGAAGAACGUAAAAAUGCUUCUGCCUCUAACUUGAGGGGGCCUCCAGUUCCUGCCUCUAACUUGAGGGGGCCUCCUCCAGCCCCAGUUCUUCUAGAGCCCUCUUUACCUUUGGUAGGCGUGGACGAGGAACCAGCGGCAACAUAUCACGAGGAGCCAGCUUUGUCUCUUGGAAACCUAGGUGGAAGUAUCGGGAAAUCUAUAAUCGGGAAUGCAGGUGGAGGUGCAGCACUGUCUUCAUUAUGGCUAAUCGAAAACUCAAAAUAACCGAGUUGCUGACUGAGAUAAGGGAGGUAGCUUAACGUCAAGGCUACCUUUCCUUCUCAUCUCUCUCUCAGGGUUAUUCUAAGUAGUUACUCGCUUAUUUCAGUUUUUCGAAUACAACAGCAUCCUCAACAUCGUCCCUGCUUUUUUUUCCAUUUGAAAAAGAAGGCCUCUCAGGAGGGCCCUCUCAGGAGGGAUGCCAUUUUUUUGUGCGGCUCUAACGCCAACGAGCUCUGUUGUGAUUGGAGCCGCAACUAAGACUACGACGUUGAUUGGCAGCACAGCAGCUGCUGGCGUGAAUGGAGUAUUCUCCUCGUUGUACAGUUACAUAUCAUCUUCUCGGAUUAAUGGCGAUGCACUAGCUGGCGACAAUCAUGUAGGGAAGAGUAGUGCUAGUAAUACUCCUGCGUCAACUUUAGCACCUUCUACCUUUACGCCUACGAAAGAGGUACAGGCUAAUAACUCGAAUGUAUUGGACAGCACGGCCAAUGCGCUGAGAUCAACCGGGACGACAACGUUGUUAUCGAGCGAUACACCAGAAGGCAAAAAGUACCCUAUAAUUGCUGCGACCACUGUUUCACAACGUGCUGAUCUUGUUGUACCUAAAUCAGAAGGUCCUCAAGAGUCUACUAGUGAGGCGCAAUCUUCAUGGGGUAAUCGAAUAUGGGGUCAAAUGGCGAAAACAUUCGCAAGUCCUACAAAAGCUCCUGCAGCAGCUUCAUCAUCAGCUGGAUCUUCUAGCAGUGGUCCUCUUGUUCGUAGCCCACUGAGAAAUGCAAGUACUGCAUCCGCCUCUAGCUCUAGUACAUUAACAAAAGACGACUGGAUGCAGCAAGGGCAAAUUCCAGGUGCAGACGAGGGCGACAGCGAACAAUUGCCCCUUUUAAGUGCGCAGCAGCAGGAGGAUGCUUGCGAAACCAAUUCGACAUUUCAGAGUUCAGCCACGUGGAGCGAUGAGCGGAUCACGCAAGAGGAGGAUGCCGUAAACGCAUUCUGCUCUACAGCAUCUAGCACGCCACAUAAAUUAUCUUCUUCUUCGCACCUAGAAGUAGUUGCAUCUUCUAGCACUUCUUCGGAAGUCCUCGGUCAUGAUCGUGUACUUGAGAAAAAAAACACAACUGUUCCUCCUGGAGAUGGUUGUGAUAAAGACGAAACUGAUGGAGAGGAGGAUGAAGACAGUACCUUGUCGCAAGUAACCGAUGCAACACGUGGGAGGGAACAACAGCAGGACGAUGAUGAUUGCUCCUCCUGUUCGCAGAAGAACGACGAGGGCGAUACUUCGCAUCAUCAUUCGGAAUCGUCAGCGUCCUCACGGCGUCCGCGUAAGUCAGGACGAUCCAGCGUGAUGUCUGACAUGACGGCAGUUUCCUCCAGGAUGUGGAUGCGGAUAUCAGGGAUGUCAAGAACCUCACACACCAAAAUAUUGAAUUAUGAACAUGGACGUUGCUCCUGGGUCUUAUUUUUUAGGUGCCGUUGACAGUCUUGACGGUCUUAUUUUUUAGGUGCCGUUGACAGUCUUGACUACAGCUGCUGUGGUCUACCACAUAGACCCAUUGAAGCGAGGAUGAACGCAGUUUAGUUCUUUUGCCGUUAUAACUUUUGUCGUUGACUUUGGUAAGCUGUAUUUGAAGCGAGGAUUUUUGAUCCACGUUUUUCUCCCAUGCCUCUAAUCCACAGUGGUUCGCAACAGCACCGUGUGCAUCAAUGGAAACAACGCUACUGGUUUCGAGCAAGACCCUCUUCUCAAUGCACCGACUGGCGAGGACGACGUGGUGGUACAUGUCGAGGGUCCGCCUAGGAGUCUUUGCCACAACGACAAAGACGUGAUGGUACAUGUCAAGGGUCCGCCUAGGAGUCUUUGCCGCAACGGCAAAGACCAAUCGAGAAUGUUGUGCGGACUGCCUAUUCGCGUGGUCGUUGUGCUCAUCGUUCUUCUCGUUAUGGUCUUGGUUUGUUUUUUUCAUCAUUGCAACUGUAUACUAGGAUGUCAGAUGAUACGAUGCCGAUACGGUAUAGAUGAUGAUGUUUGAUGAUAUUAGGAUACUUAUAUUACGGAGUACGAGAGCAAGGUUGCGAAUCAACCAAGAUCUGUCGCCGAGAAGAUGGACGAAAUAGAUAACACAUUCUAAGCUUCUUCUCCUUGUGGCAGCGACGGGGACGCUCAUAGCGGUAUGCUUGAAUAUGCCGCAAUCCUGAGAUUAGGAGAGGAACAGGAAAUAACGAAGACAGUUUGAUGAGAUUAACGAUAACAGGUUUAGAACCUCCAUAAAUGUACUUGUACUCUAAUAUUCCACUCUAAUAUUCCAUCAUACAUAAUUAUUUCUAUUGCGUCGAUAUUGUUAGUCCGCAGAGUUUCUUUUCUAGGGUUUCUACCAUCAUUCAUCGGAUUCAUACCUAUACCGAGCUUUCAUGCUAGCUGCCCUUGCAUCCAUCUAGAUAUCGUUGGCCAAUAUCAUGCACAGACACGUGAUUACUUUUUUUUUCUGGAGAUCUAUCAUAGAACUGACGCGCGUCGUUUACUUUGUCGCAGUUUGGUCAGGUUCUCUUCGCUUACUAGGAUCUGGAACCUUCGUACAUCCAUUUUCAAGUUAUACCACAGUCGAAAAAGUGAGCCGACUCGUGAAAGCAAUGUUCUUGUGCACUCAAGUUUCAAAUGCUGUGUGUGUGUGUGGCUCGAUGUAGCUCAGUUUCACUGGUUUGUUCAGGAAAUCUCUGAAGGUAUCAUCUCGUCUCUUGGAAUUACAAGCUUGUCUCAAAUCUUAUCGCCCCUGAACGAACGACACGACGACCGACUGUUGUCGUUACUUUCCGUCUCAGUAGAAGAGAAUCACAAAUGUAGUGUAGCUUGUCGCUAAGUACAGUUCAUCACCUCGCGGCAUGUCUUUUCCUCUGCCUGUCUGAUGCUUGUGAAACGCACUGCGCCCCAUUUGGUGGCCUGUGUGUAUGCGCUAUGAGUGAGGCGAUCGGCAAAUCGCUGGGAGUUGUGGUUUAGUCAUUCCCUCAACCUCCCAGUUUCUUGACCAUUUUAAAGCCGGCGGGUUCGUAGCGAAUAGAAUGAUAGAGGAACACUAGGCUCCGCCUGCCGCCGGUUUGCGAACUGGAUGAAGCUGAGGCCGCUCUUUCAGUAGACCCAGGAUACAAAAA